AUGUCCGGCUCCAUCAAGAACGUCGCCGUCGCAGGGGCUGCCGGCAGCUUGGGCACCGUCAUCCUCAAUAAGCUCAUCGAAUCGAACAAGUUCAACAUCAAAGUCCUUCGGAGAAAUGGGUCCAAGUCCACCUACGGCGCCGGGAUCAACGUUGUCGACGUGGACUUUGAAUCAGUCGCUUCGCUCAAGGCCGCUCUCGCCGGCCAGGAUGCCGUCGUCGCCCCGGUCGGCUUUCCCGCUCUCAGUCUCCAGAAUCAGCUGAUUGACGCGUCCAUCGAGGCCGGCGUUCAGCGAUUCAUCCCCUCCGAGUUUGGCUCCGACCUCGAGAACGCGCUGACCAGGAAGUUGCCCGUCUUCGCCUCCAAGGUUGCCGUGGCCGACUACCUCGCCGAGAAGGCCAAGUCGACAUCCCUAACCUACACCCUCGUCAGCAACGGCGCAUUUUUGGACUGGGGACUCGAGAAGGGCUUCAUUCUCGAUACUUCCGAGUAUAAGCCAACCAUCUUCGACGGCGGCGACGCCCCCUUUAGCACCUCCACGCUUUCCACCGUCGGUGAUGCCGUCGUAGGAAUCCUGCUGCACCCAAACGAGACCAAGAACCGUGCCGUAUACGUCGAGGACCUCCAGGUUACUCAGAACCAGCUCUUGACUUUGGCCAAACAAGUUGCUCCCAACAAGCCCUGGCAGCCGCAAGCAAAUACUCUCGAUGCCGUCACCAAACGUUCGGAUGAGAGGCUGGCCCAGAAGCUGUUCGAUGAAGAAACUAUGGUUCCAUACAUCUACCGUGCCAUUUUCGACCCAGCCUAUGGCAACGUCUUCAAGAAAACGGACAAUGCAUUGCUGGGCCUCAAAGGCAGGACGGAGGCGGAUAUCACCGAUAUCCUGAGGAGGGUUGUCAAAGCAUGA